ACUCACUGUUUAUCCUGCAUCACGUUGCCGCCUGUGUGCGUCCGGACGAAUCCGCCUGGACGCGCCUGUCAUCUGGAGGAAACUCCUCCCCGCAGACAGCGCGUCCUGUCGCCUCUCCAGCGCAAUGGUCUCCUGGAUCAUCUCUAGAGUUGUGGUACUUGUGUUUGGGACACUAUAUCCUGCGUACUCCUCUUACAAAGCUGUGAAAUCAAAAGAUGUGAGAGAAUAUGUGAAAUGGAUGAUGUACUGGAUAAUAUUUGCCCUAUUCACAACUGUGGAAGUAUUUACGGAUAUGUUUGUUUGUUGGCUUCCUUUCUACUAUGAGCUGAAGAUAGCGUUUGUGGUGUGGCUGUUGUCCCCUUACACUAAAGGCUCUAGCGUGCUAUACAGGAAGUUUGUUCAUCCCACUCUUUCCUCAAAAGAAAAGGACAUCGAUGAGUACAUCUGCCAAGCCAAGGACAAAAGCUAUGACACACUGGUGCAUUAUGGGAGAAAGGGGCUAAACGUUGCGGCCACAGCUGCCGUCAUGGCUGCAACAAAGAGCCAAGGAGUCCUGUCAGACAGACUGAGGAGUUUCAGCAUGCAGGAUCUUUCCUCCUACCAGUCCGACCCCGUGGACAGCGGCCCCGAAGCCACCCAGUCCGCAGCAGCCCAGCAUCGGACCAGGAGUAUGAUGCGCAGCAAGUCGGAGAGCUACAACAAGGGGCAGGAUAUUGACGUAACUGAGUAUGAGAUGUUGGGUUUGGACCAGUGGGUCUCCAAGGAGUCGCUGUCCAAGACCAUUUCACCCUCUGAGUCUGAGUCCACCCCCGUUACGCUCUCACUGACGCCCCAGUCCACCCCGCCCUCCACGCCCUCUCCACCUCCCACUCCCCCGGUUCCGGAGCUGUCAGAGGAGGUGGGGAAGGAGGCGCAGGCAGGGCUGAGCGCUCCGCAGCUCAGGCUGGUUAAGAGGAAGGCUCCUGAGAAGGAACCAGUGGACUUGAGGCUGAGAGCUGCAGCCAAGCUAAGGAAAAACAAAGUGUGAAUUGAGAUAUCCUCCUCUUAGAGUCUUAAGGCCUCUCACAAGAUCCAGGAGUGCUCUCUCUUCGAACAAUGAAGCCAUGUGAAACUGUCCUCAAGACGACUCCAGCUGCCUUCGCUGCAAGAAGUAAAAAAAAAUGAAAAAAAUACUGAAUGGCCAAAAGCUACAUGACUGAAGCAGCCUUGCUUUGGAAUAAGGUAUUACCAAAGUGACCUAUGUCGACCCCUCUAUUUGUAGUAUAUCGCCUAUGAUCAAUCAGGUGAGGUUGAAUUAAGAGAAAUGAGUGAAUGGGCUCCAUGCUGAUAGACACUUUUAUUUUUCAGUUUGUGGGUUAUUGAACAUGUGUUUAUGUACAGUUUGUGUGUACGUCAUCUUUAUGAUUUAAUGGUUUUUAUAUAUCAGGUUAGGAUAGGCAAGUGCAUGAGUGUCUUCCCAGUUAUUAGUCCACUGUUUAUUCAGCAGAAUGUACUGUCACUGAAUCCUGCCGCUGGUUUCGAGAAUGACGCGGCCACUCCUCGAGAAUGUGUUUAAAGCCAAGGAUUUAAAAAACAACAACCCUGGGUGGUUGUUGUUUUAUUGACAGUAUCUGUUCCGGAGAAACAUCUGAGAGCAGCUGAAUUCUGCACCGAUGAGUUAUCUUAUCACGAUUUUGUGAAAUCAGCCAAACAAACAAAUAUAAAACAUACUUAUUGAAGAGACAGACAGCAGUGGUGGACAAUAUUCAGUUAUUUACCUCUAUAUUAAAGCCUUAAUUAAAAGAUAGUAGAGACUUAAAAAUAUAUCAAAAAGUCUCUACACAUGUUGUGACUAUUUGUGACACAUAUACUUUCUCAUUAAAUCAUGUUUGCACUAUGUCUGGAAUAUAAAUUACUGCCCUAAAUGCUAAAUGAAACAGCCAAAAGUUACACAAUAAUCAUAUUAAAUUAGUAGCAGAUUAUUAUGAGUAAUUUCAAAGUUCUGGUUCAUUUCUUAUGUGGUGAAAGAAAUAGGACAUAAUGACGUUGGUUUCACAUUUAAAAAGAAAAAAGGUCCUGACCAAAGAGUUUUUCUCAGUGGAGCAGACUUUCUUUUUUCUUUUUGACAAUCUACUGUUUGUUUUUUAAAAACCAAAAAUUAUUUGGCAGUUGAAGGCCAAUUGUGAACACGUCACUUUCAGCUGUAGCUGAAACGGACAAGAAACAAAUUGAUAUUUACUGUAAACUAACAUGGUUUAUUUUUAUUUUUUGAAAUCGCUGUGUAAUGUUCUCUUCACUGAGCAACCCUAAAUCAGACGAUCUCAACCUUCGACCUGCUUCUGCUGUUCUGUAGAAUCUCACCAGACUGUGUUUUGUUGGUUUGCAGGUUUACAAACCUACAUUUGAGUUCCUGUUGCAUAGUGACUCCUCGAAUGUUUUCACCCUGUACUUUUAUUCACUGAGCCUGAAUCAUGGCAGCGUUUUACACGACGUGUCACUGUGCGGGUGGAUUCACGCAGUCGAUUUUUGAUUUUCAUCAUUGUGUCGGUAUAAUUCGAGGCGGAUUGAAGUUUGAAAUAAAAGCUUCUCAGGUACAACCGUUCGGUUUACACGUCAUUCACACUGUUGUUAUAGAUACAAUUGCUAUGCACACAAAAUUUUGUUUUAAUGGAGAAAAAAUAUGAUUUUGUUUAGUUUUAUCAAGUCAUAGUGUUGGAGCUGAUUAAAAUCAGUGCAAAGUAAAACAGAACAAAAUCAUGUUACUUAUCAGAUUUGUAAACUUGUGCAUAGACGGAUACACUCAUCAUUGCAUGACAUUUGUUGUUAAGUUGUAGGAAAAUUGAAUCUCUUUAACAAUUCAUUUGGUGUGAAGCUGUCUGCCUCUACAGAUGCAUUGCUGGUAAACAAUUACACAUUAAUCUUUUGUCAUUGCUUUUCAGAAGAAACAUGAAAUUGUAUGACUAAGUUGGCUAUGCAUACAUUCAAAUAACAUGCGUCUUAUUUACUGGUGAAUUGGCCACUUUGACUUUUUGAUGAAGAGAACCCCACUUACCAAAAUGUCCUAAGAAUUUUUGUUCUGGCAGGCCAGAAUGUCCAACGACUUCAAUUUAAACUUGAUUGUUAAAUAUAAACUCAAAGCAGUGAUGUGAUGACAUCAUGGUUUACGGCUGUCAUUUGUACCACGGGAUUCAAUAUUUCUGUUUAAAUCAAUUUACAGUCAUUAAAUAUCAAGUAAAAGUU